AGCUCUCGGGCUCCACGGCGCUCGGCCCGCAGUCCUCCGAUCGCGCGGAGCAGAGCCGGUUGCGACGCCGGAGCACAGGAUCGCUACCCUCCCCGGCCGCCUUUGUCUGGGAGCUGUGCAGCCUGGAACCGCGGCUCUCGGGGGCCGGGGACGCGCCCACAGCGGUCGGUGACAGCUCCUCCCUCCCGGAGGCUCCGGGACGGAGGGGCGGUUGUGCCGGGCCCUGCUCGCCCGCGCCUGCACAUCCACGAGCUCGGACCGAUGCCCCCACAGCAGGGGGACCCCGCAUUCCCCGGCCGCUGCGAGGCGCCGCCUGUGCCGCCCCGCCGGGAGCGCGGGGCGCGUGGGGGGCGCGGGCCCGGGGCGCCCGGGGGCCGGGGUCGCGCGGGCGGCGCCGAGGGGCGCGGCAUCAAGUGCGUGCUGGUCGGCGACGGCGCGGUGGGCAAGACGAGCCUGGUGGUGAGCUACACCACCAACGGCUACCCCACCGAGUACAUCCCCACCGCCUUCGACAACUUCUCGGCUGUGGUGUCCGUGGAUGGGCGGCCCGUGAGACUCCAGCUCUGUGACACCGCAGGACAGGAUGAGUUCGACAGACUCAGGCCUCUCUGCUAUACCAACACGGACAUCUUCCUGCUGUGCUUCAGUGUGGUCAGCCCCUCCUCCUUCCAGAACGUCACCGAGAAAUGGGUGCCUGAGAUUCGGCGCCACUGUCCCAAAGCCCCCAUCAUCCUCGUUGGGACUCAGUCAGAUCUCCGAGAAGAUGUCAAAGUCCUCAUUGAGUUGGACAAGUGCAAAGAGAAACCGGUGCCCGAAGAAGCGGCUAAGUUGUGUGCUGAGGAGAUCAAAGCCGCCUCCUACAUCGAGUGCUCGGCCUUGACUCAGAAAAACCUCAAAGAGGUCUUUGACGCUGCCAUCGUCGCUGGCAUUCAGUACUCGGACACGCAGCAACAGCCAAAGAAGUCCAAAAGCAGGACUCCAGACAAAAUGAAAAACCUCUCCAAGUCCUGGUGGAAGAAGUAUUGCUGUUUUGUAUGAUGCUAGCAAGGAACCCAGAAAGACUUCUCAGAUGAAAUCGAUAUUAGAAGCUAUAUUAGCUACAAGGACUCCUUUUACUGCGUGCAACCUGUAUAGAGAAUGUCUGCGCAUAUCCUGGGGGGAGGAGGGGGGGCUCUCCAUUUAUGUAUUCUUCUUGCCUUUGAUUUUCUUGUUGUUUGUCUGAGUUUAGGGAUGAGACCCUUAUGCAACGUAUUUUUGAAGUAAGUUAAGCAUUUUUCAUAGUGUUGGAAAUUUAGAGCUCUAGACCUUUGGAUUGAUUUAUAUCUAAUAGGAAAAAGACACCUCAAAUCUCGGUGUCAAGAAUGAAAUUUUGCUACAUUUUCAUUUACAGAAUGAAAUGGUCUAGUUGACUGUCCCGUGAUGAAGGACUACUCAAUGCACAGGCCAACUGUUGCGAGAACAACUCUUAGCUUUGAAAGUCCAUAUACUUUCUCUUUUUUCUUUUAAGGAGCAAAAAUCAGAAAAAAAAAAAAAAUGAGAGACUUCUGCCUACAAAACCUCAAACCAGCCACUAUGUUAAUAUUUGGUUGCUGAAGAUUUAAAAAUAACCAACACAACCGACUCACUAACUCUGUAGCACCAUAUAGAUCUAAAAGAAACUAUUGUUUAGUGGGAUUUUCCAGUUUUAGACCAUUUAUGUUGAUGCUGUAGAAACAUAGCCCUUGCCUCAUAUGGACCAGAGCAAGUGUUAGUCAGUAGCCCUUACAUAUUCUUAGGGAGUGAUUCACCUUGAGAUCAGAGUUGAUGUUAGCUGUUAAUACAUGCGCACCACGCUACCGGAGCAUUAGCAAGCACCUGUCGGAAUUGUUUUUAGAGUUCUGUACUUAAGUUGUCCCUUCUGCCGGGAUGUGAACGCUCUGGAAAGACCUGCCGCAAAUGCUUGUGGGACACAAAAGGUACUUUUUUCUUUAAGUAGCCCCAACAUACUUGUACACGCACACACACAUAUAUGGCUGUAUUUGCUGCUGAUUCAGACUUUCAAACAGUGAAUGGGGAAAUUCAUGGUCACAAACGCAGAUCAGAGGAAGCGUGGCUUCCUCUUCUGGUUAACACUUUUGGGAACAGAUUUCUUUAUGCUCACACUCCAUGACUUGCAGGGUAUCUGAACACAUUUUUGAGACCAUCUUAAAACAAAACAUGAACAUCUCUCAAAACCUGUUUUAAAAUCUGUUAAAACAACCAGUUGAAUCCACAGCCUUUCAGGGAAGUGACAGCGGAGAGCAGCGCUGCAGGUCAGGGGUUGCGGUGCCGGCUGCGGCCACCACGCAGGGGUGUGCAGGGACCUCCGCUCCCGUGCGCGGCUGCGCCCUCACUUUCAGGCAGUUAGAAAACCACGUAUCUGUGAAACACCCAUACUCUCCAAGGGGGCAGUUUUUAGGGCUAAAUCUUCUGGAGGAUUACAUUGCCACGCCGUGGGUGUCCUUCCGAGAUACCAAAAGGUAGUCUAACCCAUUGAAUCGUAACAUCAAGCUUGUAGUGGGGGAAGCAGAUUUACCAAAAUCAACCUACUGACAAAUCUCUGUAAAGCCAGCGGAUAGAAGAGUUUUAUCUUUGGGUCUUGUGUUGUCUUUUUUAUGUUUAAAAAAAAAAAAAAAGCCCACGUGUGUUUUUCCAUAGAAAAAAGUAAAAGAUUAGGUAAUACUUUAGGGGCUUCUUUUAUUUCUGUUAGUAAAUAAAAUUAACUAAUUUCUCUGUUUAAAAAUGAAAAUACAUAGACUAUUAUUAUUUAUUUUUCAAUACAUUGACAUGGAUAGCGGUCAGAAUUUCCUAAAGGGUUGAGCUGUAAACCGUAAAGGGAAUAAAAUUGCUGUCUUUGUGGAAGGGCCCCAAAAGGAACUAAGGAAAUGCGUCCUAAGCGAACGUGCCCGCUCCCCUACCUGUGGGAAGCCAGCUGCCUGGGCUGGCUCCAGCUGCCCUACUGUACAGAGGUGGGCGGUGGUGGGUCGUUACCUGACUGGUCAGUCAUUUUAAACAGUACUUUAUAUUGAAACAAAUGUCAUGGAGUUGGACGCAAAUUAAUUUCGAAGACAGAACACGACACUUGAAAGAAGUUGUACGCACAUGAUAGCGUGCGUGGGGCCGCUCUACGUCCCCCUGGGAGCGGCUUUGGCAACUUCUGCCUGUCGUCCUGGGUGGGAAGUGGUUAGUGAAGAACUCCCGUGGGGUCCAGUGCUGAGAGCUUUCCAAGGGGUUUAUUUGUAACCCAGUUUGAGACAACCUGUGCCAUUAGCUGCUAAACCCUUAGGGGAUUGGCAUUUAAACGUCAUUUAAACGCAACAGUGUUUAAUACGAUGCUGCAUUUUAGAGAAUACAAAGGUACAAUUGAUUGUUCUCAAUGGUUUCCACUAUUCUUAUUUCUCUGUGAAAAAAAGAGAUGUGGGCAGAAAGUUUUGAAAAGUCUGUGCUUGAGUUAGAUGCACAGAGUUGCUAUACUCUGAAGCUUACACGUUGUUAAACUUGAAACUUGGUUAUCGCAGAGAUUUCAGUAGAGUCGUGCUUCAGAAAAUGCCACUUUAGCUUACCUCCUCCAGUGUAGGCUGGCUAAAAUUUAAAAAUACAAUAUAUUCUAGAACUGUCUUACGUCUCUUUACCGUGUAUGUGGAUACGAACCUUUCGGAUGUUCUUUAUGCCUCACAGACUUUUUAAAGAGAAACCGCCCAGGUAUUGUAGAAGCCAAGAGGACGAAUCUCCUCCUAGACUGUCGUCACCUGGUGCCUUACCAUGUUGUCCUUUCACGUUUCAAGUGUAAUGACAGUGAGCAGAGCAUUGUCCUUGCCAAUGCUGUAUGUGAGGUGGUGUGAAAUAAAUUCUGACCUGUGGAUAGAACUG